CAAAGGAUAAUCGACCGGAGUAUAGACAAUGAAACCUCAUGUCUAACACUCAAAGAAACAAUCACUCUGCUUUCUUCCCGUCCAUCCUGCUGGUGUGGUAUCAUUUCCCUUUAUAUCAUACUUACCCUCGCAAAGAAGAAGUAAGAAAAGGAGCAACAGAAAUAUUAUGAAUCGAACAUAUGAGCAUACAAAGAAAGAAAAAAUGGUCGAUUCCAAAUUUCCCUCCAUCAUGAAUGCUCCCUUCACGGAAGAAGCAUCGCUCGAUCCCUUUCGCUCCCAUCCCCACGCCAACCGUCUACUCAACCACCCAGAAUACUAUCCCAUCCGCACCUGGUCACGCCUUCCGAAACCCUCCACCGGCGAAGAUGGCUAUUUCGCUGGUACCUUAGCGACUUCGACCACCAUCCCUCACUGUCUUACGCUCCGUCGUCGGUGGCUUCCUUCGCUCUCCGCCGCCCGUCCGCAGUGGCCCUCCCCCACCGAUGAUCCGGUCUCGUCAGAGCCAUCUGCCUUGCCCCCAGACAUUCUCAUGCUGCUGGAUCUGGCGACACCGGGCGUGAGUGGCCACCCGUCGACGGCUCAUGGUGGCAUUAUCGCAACAUGCAUCGAUGAGGCGAUGUCGUUGGCAGUAACCCUGUACUCUCCGCCUCCUGAGUUGGACACUUCCGAUCACCAGGGAAGCGCGGAGGACGCAACGCCUCGUGGGAAAUUAUACACAUCGCAAUUGGACGUACGGUACAAGAGACCUGUCACGGUUCCUGGAUUGCUGAUCAUCCGCGCCAAAGUGGUCGGCCGUGUGGGGAGAAAGUUUUGGGUGCGCGCCCAGAUCCUUCAAGCGGAUGAGGAAAACCCGGAUCAGUUGGUCGUCACGACUGACGCCAUGGCUUUUUGGCUACAGACCACGUCGAAUCUGUAAACAGCUCCAAAUCUCGAUUGCUAUGUAUGUAUGUAUUAGAGGCCACGAUUGCUGUAUAUAUAGAUCUA